GGAGGAGGAGGAGGAGGAGGAGGAGAAGCAGUCUGACAUGUCGGAGCGUCCCCCGGGAUCAGGAUCCGGGAUGCUGCUGAGGCCCGGCGCCGUGCGGCCCAUCGGGGCGGAGGCUCUGGUGGCCCUGCUGGAGGGGGGGCUGGACCGGGUGGUGCUGAUCGACAGCCGGCCCUUCGUGGACUACAACGCCUCGCACAUCCUGGAGGCGGUGAACGUGAACUGCUCCAAGCUGAUGAAGAGGAGGCUGCAGCAGGACAAAGUGCAGAUCGCUGAGCUGCUGCAGCACUCGGCCAAGAAGAAGUUGGAGCUGCAGGGCGAUCAGGAGGUGGUCGUGUACGAUCAGAGCUCUUCAGACCCGGCGGCUCUCGGCUCGGACUCUUUCCUCAGCGUCCUGUUGGUUAAACUGGAGAGGAGCUUCCCCUCCGUCCACCUGCUGUCAGGUGGUUUCUGUGAGUUCUCUCACCUGUUUCCUGGUCUGUGUGAGGGGAAGUCCGCCCUGGUGCCCUCCUGUAUCUCUCAGCCCUGCCUGCCGGUGACCAACGUGGGACCGACCCGCAUCCUGCCUCACCUGUACCUGGGCUGCCAGAGAGACGUCCUCAACAAGGAUCUGAUGCAGCAGAACGACAUCGUCUACGUCCUGAACGCCAGCAACACCUGCCCCAAACCCGACUUCAUCCCGGAGUCUCACUUCCUGCGAGUUCCCGUCAACGACAGCUUCUGCGAGAAGAUCCUGCCCUGGUUGGACCGAUCGGUGGAGUUCAUUGAGAAGGCCAAAGCCUGUAACGCUCGGGUCCUGGUUCACUGUCUGGCUGGAAUCUCGCGCUCGGCCACCAUCGCCAUCGCCUACAUCAUGAAGAGGAUGGACAUGACGCUGGACGAGGCGUACAGGUUCGUGAAGGAGAAGCGUCCGACCAUCUCGCCCAACUUUAACUUCCUGGGUCAGCUGCUGGACUUUGAGAAGAAGAUCAAGAGUCCUCUCGCUGCCGACGCCAAACUCAAGUCCCUCCAUCCUCAGGAGCCCAGCGGCGAGGCUCCCGCUCCGCUGCAGGACGAGCCUCCGGUCAGCCAGGAGGCCCCCGGGGGCCCCGGCCUGGCCCUGCUGGAGCCCCUCACCCUGCCCUGCGUGCUGGCCGACGCCCCCGAGGAGCGUCUGCUGGCUCAGGCUCUGAGCGGCCUGCAGCUGGCCGACGGCGCCGAGGACAGCGCCCGCCUGAAGCGCUCCUUCUCUCUGGACAUCAAGUCGUACGGCGAGCCGGGCGGGAACGCCGCCGCCGCCGCCGCCGUUCACCGGGUUUUCGCGCCGCACGCCGGGCCGGGAGACGCCGCCGAGUUCUUCAAACCGUCCGGCUUCAAGGACACGAGCAGUAAACCCUGCCAGUUCUCGCCGGUGGAGGAGGUGUCGGAGCAGUCCACGCCGGAGCAGAGCCCCGACAAGGAGGAGGCGGACGCCCCGGAGCGAGCCGCGCCGCCGCCACCGCCGAUCAGUAAACCUCCACCCGCUGCUGCCACCUGCUCGCAGCUGCAUCGCAGCGGGAGCAUGGAGGAGAACGCCACCAGCUUCCUGUUCGGUCUGUCCCGCAGCCAGCAGCAUCUGGCCAAACCGGGCUCCGGCGGCGCCCUGAAAGGCUGGCACUCCGACAUCCUGCUGGGCCCCGUCACCGUCUCCACCUCCUCGCUGGCCGGCGGCUGGUACCUCUCCUCCGAGUCCACGCGCUUCUACUCCACGUCGGCCAUCCUGAGCGGCGGCGGCGGCGGCGGCGGCGGCUUCGCGGCGUACAGCUGCGGCCACGGCCUGGAGGCGGUACGGCGGCGCAGCCGGCAGAGGACGGGCGACCGCGGGGACUCGCGGAGGAGCUGGCACGAAGAGAGCAGCUUCGAGAAGCAGCUGAAGCGUCGCAGCUGUCAGAUGGAGUUCGGAGACGGGAUGACGGACAGCCGGUCCAGAGAGGAGAUGGGGAAGGUCGGCAGUCAGUCCAGUUUCUCCGGCAGCAUGGAGAUCAUCGAGGUUUCCUGAAACGCUCUCGGGAGGUUCCAGCGGAGAAACGGAGCAACACACACCGACGGCGCCGCGGUCAGUCGGACGCAGCUCACAGUCGACGGCGA